UAUAAACCUUUUCUGCGCAACUACUUGGAACAUCAGAGCGAUUCCAACAUACGUAUUCAGAGUAUUAAGAAUAUAUUCGAUUUCUUUGAAAGCUUCGAAAAAGCUUUCAAAGAGAUCUUUAGUAAUUCUAACAAAGAAUACAUUACAGCUCAGCAGCUUAUGAAUCUCAGACAAACUAAAUCAGCUUCUGCUUAUAUAAUCAGAUUUAAAUAG